CUUGAGUUAAGUCUGAGUCAGUGUGAUCCAAUCUGAAAUGUUGAUUUUGCAUCAGAAAUUAGGAGUCAAAGGUUAUGCGUUCGAGAUUUGUAAAGAAAAGUCUUUCUUGACAUCUGUGUUACUUAUGCAAAAGUCAGUCUAGCCUAACAUGGGAGACUCACAUCUGUAAUGUACAGUGGAUAUAUAACUGGUAAUUCUGCUAUAAGGGUGCUGAAAUGGUCCCUACCAAUAGGGAUCUUUUAUUGGUCCUUGAUCCUUGAUCCUUGAUCGUUCAUUCAAAGGCAGUAGUUGUUUUGAUUAUCGUGAGGUUGAGUGUAUUGGAUUCUUUUAAAUGGCAACAUGCCUGUUCUCUGAGUUGAUGGAGAAUGGUGUCUCAAAACUUUUAUUAAUAUUUUAUUUAAUUAUGAGACCGCAGCACAUAAAAAGAAAUGCACUUGUUAUUUCAAGCACCCCACAUUAACUUUUUUACUAUUAUUAUUUGUUUUCUUAGUUGCAUGUAUUUAAUAAUUUUUUCUUCAAUUCUUUUUGUUUUUUAUUUGUAUUUUUUUCUACCUGUCGUAGAACAUUUUCUUUCCUCUUUCUAUAUCUUGUUUAUGUAUCUUUCUUUUUCUAUUUCAUUUUUUUUCUUAGUCAUAUAUGUAUAUAUAUGAUAUAUAUAAUGUGACUAAAAAACAUUACAUCAUUAUUCUAGGUUGGUAACACAUCAAUGAGCUUUUGGAACCUCCGCUAGGGUUGUGCAACCAUCUUUGUCUUUGUCCGGAGCUGCCAUCAUCCCAACUUUGGUCCACCCUCCUUUGUAUUCCACUUACCUCAAGCAUUUACUUCACUUUAUUACCUGACCACUCUUUAAUUCUUUUCUUUUCUCUUCACUUCCUCAUAAAUAUAUACUUUUCUCUCUUUACCUUCUCUCUACCUUUCUCCUCCCUCCAUCUGUUUUCCUCCAGAGCACCGCCGUUUCUUCCCCUUGAUGGAUUUCCCCACGAUAAAACCUAGCAUUAGGACUUUAGUAUAUGGAUUUGCUAUUAAGUUGCAAUCAUUCCAAUGUCCAUUUUUUGAUGCCGAAGUCAGCAAGGCUUAAGUUGAUAAUAUGAUUCCAAGACAGACAAAUUUGAGAGCUGAGACUAUUGGUAUACGAGUUCGGGAAACUUCUCAUUUGAAGGUAAAGGCAAGGGUAAGCUUGAUCAGCCCUGAAUGGGAGAGCUCUAGAGGCAAUAUGUACAUAGUCAGCUGCUCGGCCGCCACAGUUGAGGGAUGGACAGGAACAAGAGAACCUUAAAUGUCUGUUUUGCCCUUAGAGUGGUCAGUAGUCGUAUAUACCCUGAAAUUUUGUAAACUGUCCUUUAAACUCUAUUUCUUUUGGGAUCCCAUGUACGAAAUGUUUAUUUUAAUGAAAUGUAUCUUUUAUGUCCAAAAUAUUUUAACCCUAGUUUAGUUAUAGUUUCAGUAACAUGUUCUAACUAAAUGACUUGAUUAGCGAGUCUUGCACCUUUAUAAACACACAGUGUAAUAGUUCUGGCUACCCAGUGCGUUACAGCUUGGUAUCAGAGCGGUCUAGGUUUAAGGGUUCAUGAACACCGGCUGGACAUGUACAUUCGCCGCUAAAGACAAGCUCGACUCAGGGUUUAGUAAAUGUGUAUACAUGUUUAUGUGCUUUAAGUGAUUAGAAGUAACUAAGAUUGUUGUUAUCUGUUUGAUUAAUAGGAAGCAUGAGAUACUGAUAUGGCCUAGCCCUUGACUGCUGUGUGACAAUAUUAAGGCAUGCUUAUUAGCAUUGCUAUGCAUGUAAAUGAAUAUGUGAAAUAAUUAUUUGUAUAUUGCUUAUGUAUGGAUGAACAUAUGAAUAAAUGUUUAUAUUUUGAUUGUUGUAUGAUGAUAUUGAGGCAUGCUUAUUAGCAUCGUUGGUACAUGUGAAUGAAUAUUUGAAUGAAUUGUUAUAUCUUGAUUGCUUGUGUUUGGUGGUUUCCCAAUGGUGGAUUAUGGAAAGCCUAUUAUCCUGUCAUUAUAGUCUGAUCGCCGAGUCGUUGAUUGCAGAUUAACUUGGAUAGCUAUGCGUCCAAGGAGAUCUAUGCGACUAGUCGGCACCAGGUCUGAGACUAGCGAUGAUGACUAGGGCCAGAACCCUCCACCAGUCCCUGAGAACUGGUAGCAGAUUAUGGCAGAUAUGCAAGCCCAGUUUCAGAGCCAAGAUGAGCAGAUCCAUCUUCUGAGGCAGCAGGCUCCGUCGGGGAGUGCUGCAUCCAUUGUGCCACCUGCAGAGGCACCAGUUGAAGUUGGGAAUAGGUGGGAACCGUUGUAUGAGCGGUUCAGGAGACAGAAUCCUCCAACCUUUGAGGGAGGACCUGAUCCACUGAAGGCCGAACAGUGGAUGAGUAUGACUACUACUAUCUUGUAUUUUAUGAGAGUAGAAGGUCAUGAUAGGGUGGCCUGUGCCACUUAUAUGCUGAGAGAGGAUGCCCCAUCUGGUGGGAAGUGGCAUCAUAGACCAGGGAUGUUGCUACCUUGAGUUGGGAUGAUUCAAGGACUUAUUUAGUCAGAAGUAUUACAAUGUUGCCAUUAGGGCAGCGAAGGUGAAUGCAUUUUUGGGUUAGUACACGGCAACAUGAUAGUUACUGAGUAUGCCCUGAAGUUCGACAAACUUGCGAAGUUUGCACCAGAUCUCGUGCCUACAGAUGCAGCUUGGCAGGACAGGUUUAUCAGAGGGCUUAACGCUAUGAUAGCCCGAGAUGUGAGAAUUACAACAGUACCUAGGGGGACGACCUAUGCCCAGGCUAUUGAAAAUGCUCUUGCCGCUGAGGAAGCGGAGAACAAGAUUUGGAGGGAGAGUGCUGCAAGGCGAGAGAGUCGUAGAGCGGUGCCUCCAUAUUCAGGGUUCGGUAGGGGCAGAGGCCCCAGUGAUCUGAAGAGGAAGUCCCUUGACACUUCGACUGCUACUGGUCCUGAUAGGAGGAGUCAGAGUGUUCAGGGUGGCCGUCAGGGAGGCAGUGACGCAUGGAGAAGUUACCCAGAGUGCAUGAGGUGCAGAAGACGCCAUCAGGGUAAGUGUCGGGCCAAGGCUUGUUUUGUGUGUGGAGCAAUGGGACACCUCAAGAAGGAUUGCCCAACUGCAAAGAAAGGGGAAGCAAGGAAGGUGGACAGCUUGACUCCAGCUCGAGUGUUCACCUUGACACAAGCAGAGGUUGAGGCUAGUCCCUCGGUGGUGACAGGUCAGCUUUCUAGCGCUGGCUCUCCUUUUACUGUAUUGAUUGACUCUGGUGCUACACAUUCGUUUAUUUCUAGUAAGGUGAUUGAUAGACUGUGUAGACCUAGUGAGUAUUGUACUUCAGGGUAUGGGACUAUUUUGCCUACAGGGGAACUGGUAGUAUCUAGGAGGUGGAUUAGAGCACUGCCAGUGAUAGUUGAUGGUAGAGAGUUGUCAGUAGAUUUGAUAGAUUUGAGUAUGGAGGACUUUGAUAUGAUUUUAGGUAUGGAUUGGCUGGUUAGAUAUGGAGCUACUAUUGACUGUAGGAAGAAGAUGGUGACUUUUGAACCUGAGGGAGAGGAUCCCUUUGUGUGCAUGGGUAUGGUAUGUGGACCCUGCAUACCCAUGAUAUCAGUGUUGAGAGCCAGAUUCUUAUUACAAGGAUGAUGUACAGGUUUCCUGGCUAGUGUUGUGGAUACCACUAGAGUUUUGCCAGCAUGGUCGGGAGAGACUAGAUUGGUUUGUCAGUUCUUGGAUGUAUUUCCUGAGGAUCUACCAGGGCUGCCGCCGCACAGGGAGAUUUAGUUUGUCAUUGAGUUAGCGUCGGGGACAGAACUAGUGUCAAGAGCACCAUAUAGGAUGGCACCAGCAUAAUUGAAGGAAUUGAAGAUACAGUUACAAGAGUUUCUGGAUUUGGGGUUCAUGAGGCCUAGCUAUUCGCCAUGGGGUGCUCCGAUUUUGUUUGAGAAGAAGAAGGACGGGACUCUGAGGAUGUGUGUAGACUACAGGGAGUUGAACAAGUUGACUAUCAAGAAUAUGUACCCUCUACCAAAGAUCGAUGACUUGUUUGAUCAGCUGCAGGGAAAGCUGGUAUUCUCGAAGAUUGAUCUUCGAUCUGGUUAUCACCUACUGAGGAUCAAGGACGAGGAUAUACCGAAGACGCCCUUCCAAACGAGGUAUGGGCACUAUGAGUUUCUGGUCAUGUCAUUUGGUUUGACCAAUGCCCGGCAACCUUUAUGGAUUUAAUGAAUAGGGUGUUCAAGGACUUCUUAGAUCAAUUCAUCAUUGUCUUCAUCGAUGAUAUUUUAGUGUACUCUAGUUUAGAGGCAGAGCAUAAGCAGCAUCUUCGACAGGUCUUGCAGAGGUUAAGGGAACAUCUGUUAUAUGCCAAGUUUAAGAAGUGUGAGUUUUGGCUACCAGAAGUGGCAUUUCUUGGACACAUAGUUGGCGCAGAUGAGAUUAAGGUGGAGGCAGUGAAAGAUUGGCCGAGGCCAAGAAACGCCUCAGAAGUUCGAAGUUUCCUCUGGUUAGCGGGUUACUAUUGACGAUUUGUAGAAGGGUUUUCGAAGAUUGCUGCACCGAUGAAAGAAUUGAAACGAAAGAAUCAGAAGUUCAUCUGGUCAGAGAAGUGUGAGAACAGUUUCCAAGAAUUGAUGCGACGACUUAUUACUGCACCUGUGCUGAGUCUUCCUUCGGAGAAAGGAAAGUUUGUCGUAUAUUGUGAUGCAUCAAGGUUAGGCUUGGGCUGUGUGUUGAUGCAUAAUGAGAAAGUUAUAGCUUAUGCAUCACGAUAGUUGAAGGAGUAUGAGCAGCGGUAUCCUACCCAUGAUCUGGAAUUGGCAGCAGUUGUAUUCGCAUUGAAGGUGUGGUGACAUUACCUGUAUGGGGAGAAGUGCGAGAUAUACACCGAUCACAAGAGUUUGAAGUAUUUCUUCACCCAGAAGGAACUAAACAUGAGGCAAAGGCGUUGGUUUGAGUUGGUAAAGUACUAUGACUGUGUCAUUCUUUACUACCCAGGGAAAGCCAAUGUAGUGGUAGAUGCAUUGAGCUGGAAAGGCUCGGGGCAGUUAUUUAGUUCUACUCAGAUUUCCAGAGAGUUGGCUGAUGAGAUGACCAGAGCAAGGAUAGAACUGGUGGUGGGUCGAUUGACCAACGUUACUUUGUAGUCGACCCUAUUAGAACGGAUCAAGGAGGGUCAAUUGCUGGAUGCGCAAUUACAGGAGAUUAGAGAGAAUGUCUUACAGGGGUAGCUAAGGACUAUUCUAUUUCUAAUGGUGGUAUGCUACGGUAUCAGGGGCAGAUUUGUGUUCCAGCUGAUGUUGGGAUGAGAUGAGAGAUAUUAGAUGAGUCCCAUACUACGCCGUACUCACUUCAUCUGGGUACCACAAAGAUGUAUCAGGAUCUACAAACAUUGUAUUGGUGGCCUAGGAUGAAGAAGGAUGUAGUGAAGAACAUGGCCAGGUGUUUGACCUAUCAACAGGUGAAAGCUGAGCAUCAAUGGCUAGUGGGGUUGCUUCAGCCUUUGGGUGUUCCUGAGUGGAAAUGGGAGGAUGUUACAAUGGACUUUGUGGGAGGUUUACCCAGGACAGUGGGGCUUCAUGACUCGGUGUGGGUGAUAGUGGACAGAUACACCAAGUCAGCUCAUUUUCUUCCAGUGAAGUCGAAUUAUACAGUGGAUCAAUAUGCAUAGUUGUAUGUGAGGGAGAUUGUGCGUCUCCAUGGGGUUCAUAAGUCUAUUGUGUCAGACCAGGAUACUGUCUUUACCUCCAAGUUUUGGGGUAGUUUGCAGAAAGCUAUGGGAACACAGUUGAAGUUCAGCACAACCUUUCAUCCUCAGACUGAUGGACAGUCUGAGAGGAUGAUUUAGGUGUUGGAGGAUAUGCUCAGGGCAUGUGUAAUCGACUUUGAGGGAUCUUGGAGUAAGUAUCUCUCAUUGAUUGAAUUCUCAUACAACAACAGUUAUUAGUCGACGAUUGGAGUGGCUCCGUAUGAGAUGUUAUAUGGAAGAAGAUGUAGAUCGUCCAUUCAUUGGGAUGAGAUGGGCGAGAGGAAGUAUUUGGGGCCGGAUAUGGUUCAGAAGACCAAUGUAGCUAUUGAGAAGAUUCGAGCUAGGAUGCUUGCUUCACAAAGCAGACAGAAAAGCUACGCUGAUCCUAAGCGUAGGGACAUGGAGUCCCAGGUUGGGGACCAUGUGUUUCUGUGGGUUUCACCACUGCGAGGGGUGAGGAGAUUUGGAAAAAAGGGCAAGCUGAGCCCUCGAUUUAUUGGACCUUUUGAGAUCUUAGAGAGGAUCGAACAGGUGGCUUACAUGUUGGUUUUUCCACCAUCGAUGUCGGGAGUUCAUGACGUAUUCCAUGUUUCUAUGCUUCAGAAGUACGUCUCGGAUACGACACACGUGUUGAAGUAUGAAGACUUGGAAUUGCAGAUAGAUUUGUUGUAUGAGGAACAACCGGUUCAGAUUUUAGACCGGAAAAACAUGGUUCUAUGGAACAAGAUGAUUCCUCUAGUCAAAAUAUUAUGAAGAAAUAGCAGGGUUGAGGAGCCGACCUGGGAGCUUGAGUCAGCAAUGCGGAUUAGUAUCCCGCGUUGUUUAAGUAAAUUUCGAGGAUGAAAUUCUCUGUAGGAGGGGAUAGUUGUAACGACCCAACAAAAAAUCACUAAUAAGGCUUAAGGGCCUUGAUUAGUGUGCCGGGAGGGCAUAAUUGGUUUAUAUGUGAUUUAAAUGAUUUAAUGCAUGAUUCUGUGAUAAGCUUGCUUAUAUGGUUUUAUGGAUAAAUGAAAUGCAUAUUUAUGGGUAUUAAUAUGCAUGUAGGCCCUGUUUAGCAUAAAUGGGCAUAUUUGUAAUUUUGGCCCGUUGAGGGCAUAAAUGUGAUUAUGUGUUAUAAUUGUGGAGACCACAUUAUUAUGUGGAUAUAUUUGCAGCAUGCGACUUGAGGCGAUCCUAGGGAGCCAGUUAGCGGGAAAGUCACAACGGGACCCGAUACCCAACUCGGGGCGAGUCAAGGGGUAUUUUGGGCAUUAGAUAUUUAUUUGGGUUAUCGGGUUAUGAAAAUAAAUAAUUGGAGAUAUAUUUGAAGUUAGAGUGUUUAGGAGGGAAUAUUGGGGAAAUUUACCAUUUUUCCCUCGGGGACGUUUUUAAGUAAGAUAAAACAAAACAUAGGAAAUAGCUAGAACUCUGCCAAACCGACCCACCUCUUCCUCUCAGCUCACUCAUCUUUUCCUCAAAAUCUCUCUCAAGAAAACCAUUGAAACCAAAGGACGAUUUGGCUAGAAACUCAAGGAUUUGAGCUGGAAUCUUGGGGAAUAUCUCAUUAGAAAUUUGGAGGUUCAGACAGGAAUUUAGGUAAGCAUUGAAUUAUGGUUUUAGCUGUCUAAAUUCUAUAGUUUUGGUUGGGUUCUAAGUGUUCUUGGGUUCUUGGUAUUGAAGAUUGAGUUGAGGCUAAGGACUUGGGGAUUAGCUCAGCAACUACUUAGUGGAUUUGUUCUUCAAUAAAGGUAAGUUUCUAAUUGUGGUUUAGCACUUGAAUUCUAUGAAUUGUUGGCUGUUCUAGGAGGUUUAUGAGCUUUUGGGUUUCAAGGGUUGAAGUGUGAUUUUAAUGAGUGUUUAAGCUAGGUUCUUGUUGGGUUAUACUGCUGAGUGCAUGCUAGGAUGUUUGUGAUAGUUAAAUUGUAUUAUUAGGAUGGUUUUGGGCUGAAUUGAGUGAGGUUUGGCUGCUGGAAAUGAUGAAUUUUUUGGGUGCGAAGGGGCCAGACUGCGGCCCUGUUCUUGGUGUGCCGCGUCCCUCUAGAACAGGUGGGAGCUGAAGAGAAGGGCCGGCCGCGACAUGGGGAGUGCUGGGCCACAGUCCGUGUCUGCUGUUUGGGGAGGCUGGGCCACUGGAAGGAGGCGGGCUGCGGCAUAGGGGGCUUAGGGCCGCGGCUCUUAAGGGCAUUUUUGACUUUAGGAGGUUUUAGGUGUGGGAACCUAACCUAGGGUGCUCGGGAUAGAUUCCACUACCGUUUUGGUGGAAUUAGAUCUUCCAAAGGCUAGAACUUGGACCGAAAACCUUUAUUCAUUUAUUAUUGAUGGAAUCCCUUAUCUUGGUUGUGACUAGGUGUACGUUAGGGCUCGGAAAAGGGAUUGUGCUCAAGGGUUAUUUCUUGUAAUCAGAACGCUUGGAAUUAAAGGUAAGAAAACUGCACCCGGUUUUGUGACUAUGAUGGGACUAAGGGUUCCCUAUACUUGUAUGCUUUAUUGUACGGUGGUAUUAUGCCAUGUGAAUAUGAAAUAAACGGCCUCAGAGUGCCGGAAUUAAUAUUGGCGCACAGGAUGCGGCUCAGCCACGGGUAGCUGAGGACAGCUUAAUAUUCACUGAGCUCGGUUUAAGCGGACCAGAGUCAGUGGGGUAAACAGAUGGUGCGACCUAAGGGCGUCGACCUUGGCUAUUGUAUGACUUGGUUAUUAAUAUUGAUUUGAUGAAUUUGGUAUGCUGAAUGUCUGAUUAUGUGGAUGCUGUGGAUUAUUGAGUAUAUGGUUAUGCUUUAUGAGUUAUUUGAUUAUUGUCAUUGAUCAUACUGUGAUAUUAUGGUUAUCUUGCUGGGCCUUGGCUCACGGGUGCUACAU